AUGGCUUCUAAUGAUAUCCCAGAGGACACAGAGAGGGUGAAGAUGGCAGCUCUCAUGGGUGACAUCGUCAUCAAAGGUGUGAGUGAUUUCACAUACACCAGUUUGUCAGUCGGGACAUCGAAGAUGCUAUAACUUCAGAAUAUGUAUGAUAUAAGUGUCAGUGCAGUCAUGCAAGUGCAGUCAGUUAAAAAUAAAUCUGGCAAUGGAGAAGGAAAAGGGAAAGUCUGCCAUUCGCUUUUCAUUGGCUGAAGUCAGUGAAGGCUAACCAGCCAAAAGGAAUAGAGAGAGAAACAUGGAGAGCAAGGUGGGGGGAGACGAGUUAAGGCUUCGACAACUGGUUGGUGUCAUAGGUUUUUGAAUUUUUUAUGGUACAUUUAUGAAUCAAUCCUGAAAUUCUACAGUAUAGAACCAAGUACAAGACAUUGCAAGUAAAGUAAUUGCUCUACCCAUUGGCAUGCUGGACCAAUAAUGAAACAUUGAAAAACAAAAGAUAAUCAAACAUCUUUGAAUAAUAUGUUUAUAAUAGAGAAAAGAAAGAACGAAAAAGAAAAUGUGUAAAGACUUCAUCUCCCAUGGUGCCAUACAAUAACACGCUGCGUAUCCACGCUCUGCCGGAGUUGGCGGGUACGAGGGAGGCGCUGGAUGGCUUUUGUCUGUAGCUUUACGCAAAAACGAGAAGAGUGUCCUUUUAAAAUAGAUAUUACAAUUUGAUAUUUACAUAAGAUAAGCACUAACAUUUUUUAGAUAAACCAUUGGUAUCCUACUGGUUUUAAUUUGAUAAAAUUAACUCAAUUUCAGACAAUUCAUUCAUUAGAGUCAAUUCUCUGUAAAGGUAAGUGGCUAGUGACUUCACCAUAGCCUUCUGCUCUGUAGCGGUUUUCCCCCACUGCGUUAACCUUCUAUUAUGCACAAUGCGUAAUAAACAUGUUUCAAUAGGCCAAUAUAUUGACAUUGCAAUGUGCAUCUUGCUACGUUGUUGCAUGCGGAUUCUGUUUUGAGUAUUCAAUUGCAUUGUUUUCGCGCGAGUUCGUGUAGCUUGCUCAUGCUGUGAUUCAGGUCAACAUGGACGACUAGUCAUUCCGUCUCGAGAGCUGUGGGGAAAAACCCCUAGCACCACCAUUUGAAACGGGAACGGCUGAUGGCAUAGUGAACGGGUUGGUUAAUACAUUGCAAUUGUGUGUAGCCCUUUACAGUUCUCAUCUAUUUAACCAUGUUGUUACUUUGUUGCACUGCUUGAUUGCCCGUUAUUGAAGUAGGAAAACAAUUAGGAUGCUUCAUUUCAUUACCCCCUUUCAGGCAGGAAUGUGGCUCAUCGAAUUGGUUACUUAUAAAAGAGAGGAAAUGUGCUGUAGCAAAGAAAGGACUGCUUAUGAGACAUAUAUUUGCAUCGAUUUACACGUGGCCAAAUUCGCAUUAUUGAUUGGCAUUGCCUGUUACGAACAUUAUAGCCACCAGCGAACUACAGCGUGCACCUAAACUCAAUGUUACCCAAAUAGGGCAAUGCAAUCAGAAAUGAUCACCUUCUUGGAAUUACUUUCAUUUUGAAACAAACUGUUGAAUUGCACAUCAAAGCUGGCACUCAUAAAUGCGUUGUUUAGCCUACAAAAUAUUGGAUGACACUGAAAAACUAUAUGUCCUAUUAAAUUAUGUUUUUAAUACAUUUGUGUUGUCAGUGUUCGUAUGAUAGUGAUGGUUUACCCCUGCUUACACCAAUGUUCAGUUAGGAGGGGGUGGGGUAAGCGUUUUAUUGGUGUUGUGUGUUCUAUAGGGUAAGAACCCCCAUGCCCAAGUAACCCCCUUCUUCCUCCAGACAUUCUCUUGUCCUCACCAUGUUUUCUGCCAGUGGUUUGUAGUGAUUGUGUGCUUUAGUUGAUUCGACUGUAUGUGGCAUAACAGUCGAAUCUGUAGCUCAGCUGGUAGAGCACGGCGCUUGUAACGCCAAGGUAGUGGGUUCGAUCCCCGGGACCACCCAUACACAAAAAUGUAUGCACGCAUGACUGUAAGUCGCUUUGGAUAAAAGCGUCUGCUAAAUGGCAUAUUAUUUAUAUUAUUAUAACUGUGCAUUGAUGUCUACAUUAGAAGCUUGACCCCUUCCCCUGCUGAAUCUCAUGUCAUUUUAUGUGCUUAACUGCUUGAUUGCUGGUCUGAUUGAAAUGAUUGUGCUUCUGACAUGUUUAAACUUUCCUACCAUAUUGGUAGGUGUGCUUUAGUCUACAUCACAUCAAGGCUACAACCCCAAUGAAUGUUCAAGAACUCGUGUAGUCCCUACCCCCUGCCUAGAUCAUGUAUUGAAGAUGGGUACCAACCCCUAGGGCUCUCCUCGGGGAAUCACACCAACAGUAUACCAUCAUUUAGACUGUCUAGUCAUAAAUAUUUCUGGAAAUAGUGAUGACAAACCUAGUGAUUCUAGUCAACUAUGCGUUUUUCUGUGUAUUUGUUUGCAUUAGUUGCAGACUUGCAGUACAAUCCAUGCAUGCCAGCUCUUUUAAUAGAAACAUAAUAUAUUGCCGCUCCAUGUGUUUUAGGAACCGUAGUCAGAGAUUAUAACUAAUCCAAGAUAGAUCACAGCCUGUUGUUUCCAAUAGGCGCAAAUGAAUCAUAGUGGGCAGAGCCAAGCAGGAGCUAGCGAGAUCCUAUUGGUGUGCUCUAGCAUGUCUGUUAAGGAUAGGAAAGGCUACUUUAAAGUGCUCGUGCAUUAACUCAUUUCGCCCGUGCACAGAAUUUUUUACAACUCUGGCAAAGGAUAAAGUUGACAACUUAGUCCAUUCUGUUUGUAACAUAUUGUAGUUUUGGCACAUAACUGUAUUGAGAUCAACUGUUUUAUAGAUGAAAAGGUUGAGCUUCCUCUUAUCACCAUGUUUGGUGGGUGGAAAUGCCAACUGGAUGCUUCACAUUUAUACAUCCAAUGAAACAUCUGUCUCAUUGUUCUAUCUGUGCUGUAGUGGUAUGCAUGUGUAACAGUUUUGCUUCCGUCUCUCUCCUCGCCCCAACCUGGGCUUGAACCAGGGACCCUCUGCACACAUCGACAACAGUCACCCUCGAAGCACCGUUACCCACCGCUCCACAAAAGCUACGACUACUUCAAGGUCUCAGAGCGAGUGACGUCACCGAUUGAAAUGCUACUAGCGCGCACUGCUAACUAGCUAGCCAUGUCACACCGGUUACACAUGCAUUACGCGUUAAUCGAUUGACUGUGAGAGAUGAUACCAUGUGUUCUUCUUACCAAUGCCAUUCUCUCCUGCUUUCUGUGAUUUCUCCCUGAUGCCUCUGAUCCAUGCCCCCCCUUCCCAUCACCCAUGCCUAAGUAACCCCCUCCCCUCUCACCCUGUUUAGCUCUGUUGACAAGGAACCCGCUGGUUCCACUGCCUUCUCCCAGCCCGAAAAUGAGCGAGCCUACCACUGCAGCUACAGAACCCCCAAGUGAUGUGACCCCCAGUGUUACUACUACUACUGGUGUUACCACUGACGGUGUAGAUCAACUUUCUUCUAAUGCAAACGGUAAUCCAUUGUUUCUGUCUUAUGAAUGUCAUAGGGGUGGGUGGUGGACUGGCCAGCUUCGGCAGAACUUAAACGCCCACGAGUGGAAAUUCACUUUUUUUUUAGGUAAAAGACGAUGCCCAUAGCUUAUCCAUGAUGUUGCACAAGGUUUUAAGUCAAUCUCUUUAGUCAAAGUAUGAUAUAUUUGGGCUUGAAGUGAGAAUUCCGAAGUGGUAACUUGUGUUUCCCCUUGAGAUGACGUGCUAAUACUUCAGUUUUUUCAGGGCUGGGUUUUAUUUGAACGUUACCACCAACUAGCAUGGCAUUGUUUAAUAAUCAGAAACACCUGCAAUGUUAGGGGUUGUUUUUGCCCCUCCACAUUUUUACCAGCAAAUUAUCAUAAUCCAUUAGAGAAUUUGUCAAGUUUCACUUAUUUUUUUAGCUAGUCUGUAUAAAAAUAAAUAGUAAAACUGCCUGAUAUGCAUUUUGGAACCCCACUCCCCCCGUCGCCCCAAGAUGAAUGAUUUUGACCACUAAAGUUUUGGGAGAAUUCGUUUUGCAUGGUCCGGUGCCCCAGGUGGGCGGGGUUUGCUCAUUUUAUACAAUUUCAUUGGUCCUAAGAAGAAAUCUCCGCCCACCUGGGGCAAGACUAACUUGCCCAUUGCUUCACGACAUGCUCCACUGCUUUGAUUGGUGCAGCUAGAAACCACAAUAUCCUACAAUGAAAAGGCACCCGCGAAAGAAAAUUCAAGGAACUUGUUUAUAUAUUUUUUUGUGCUGUUACAUUUGUAUUGGUGUUUCGUGUCUGAUGUGCUUAGGGUGUUGUUGCAUGUCAUUUGUGGCGUGCAUCAUGGGCAAAGUUAUGGUAGUCUCAUUUCACUUCCUCUGUGAGAACCGUGAGCACGGGCUGGUUUUGCUUGGCUGUACUGCAGCCAAACCCUGCCACUUUCUGUGUCCAUUACAAUGUAGAAAAACACAUCUCUAAACCUUUCAAAGUUAUCCAUAUUACCGGAGCUUCAUCUUAAAACUUUCUAUGGUGGAUUAGCGGUCGCAAUUUAUGUCAAAGAUACUUGUUUCCAUCUGUGGCAAAGUUUUCUCUAAAUGAUUAUGACAAAUCCAGCUCCAGAACCAGUGAUUAUGACAAAUCCAGCUCCAGAACCAGCCAUAGCCACCUAGCUAAUCUUUUGAAUACGGUGUAGUUAAAAAGACCUAGCAACAACAGAUAACAUUAGCUAGCUAGAUAAGGUUGGCAUGGUAGCUAGCUACACUGACAGCUGUCAGUGACAUAUUUGUUGAUGUUUCUCCACUCCACGGGGAAAGCACCUCAGGAAGGUCUCAAUUGCAUAAUCCUUGCGUCCUCUCUCCUCGUCUCCUCCUCAAAACCCAUUGGAGGAUAAGGUCAGAGGGGAGGGACCUCUGGCUUUCUCAUCCAAUGGCUUUUGAGAAGGAGACGAGCGGCGAGGACGAAAGCAUUAUGCAAUUGAGAUCUUUCCCUCUACGUUCCUUCCCACCUCCAAUUCGUGAAUAUGUAAUGUAGCCUGCGUCAUUCUUCGGAGGUAGAACCUAAACAAGCUUUUCCGUUCUAGAACAGGAAUUACCUCAAAAUGUUUUUUUGCGGGGCAUCCAAAGGAUUCUCUCUGACUUGGCUGCCGACCUUGACAAGAUUAAGGGGAUAUGUAGUAUGCUUGGGCGGUAUCCAGAUUGUCAUACUUUCAUACCCACCUUGUGCCAUACCGGGAUAUUCGGUAAUACUGGCACUGAACACAAGGGGCGCUGUUCUCAAACUCCACUGAUACUCUGUAAUCCGAAGGUUAGCAAUGCUAACAAGUACAUGUACAAUUCCAUAGCGAAUGCUAACAAGCGCAUUGCAAACAUUUUGUACAGUUUCUGACCUAAACUAUACAAGUAACUAAAAAAAUGCUACUCACAGUCUACUGCACACACAACAAAUAUUAGCCAGCAAGGCUCUUGAUCCAGGAGGGGAUUCUCUGCCAGUACCAAGCGAAUGCUUGAUUUUGGAAAAGCUAACCACUUAGCUAGAUAGCUAACUAGCUACUAAAUUAGCAAACCAAAUGCACAACUGCAGAGUAUUUAGCACAUUUUAGACAGUUAACUUAAUAGUUAUAAGAUAUCUAGCUGGAAAACAUUUAGCUGUGAAUUCCAUGCUGCAAUUAGAUCACCUGGCGCAUACUGCACAACAGUGAGUGACUCAAGGCUCCGGUCUCUCGUCUUUGUGUGCUUGUAAACAAACACCAGGUGACUGGGGACUACCAUAAGCUUCAUAAUAAUGUGACCGCUGAAAUGAAGAACGCAAUGUUCUUUAUCUCCUAACGUAUUGCACAAGUUGACUGCAGGUAUUUACUUAAGUAGCUACAAAUAUUCAAAUGUAUUAAAACAUUUCAAAUAAAUAGUUUAAACGGUAUUGAAAAACCAUCCCGUGGCUUUUUCCAAAUACCCCGAGAUGCGCUAUAUACGGUAUACCGUCGAAGCCUAAUAUGUACUGCACUGUGUCCACCCUCUACACACACCAUUCGUCAACUAUGCACUCAUCUGUGACUGUUUACUUUGAUCGUCAUCCUUUACACCAUCCUGUCCAUCCUCUCUCAGAUAUCCAUGAAUCGUAUAGGUCGUGCCCUUUACUUUUUCAAGGGUGCAGUCCAGCUCUUUGAUGUUAUGGUCUAAGCUAGAGGUGGACCAUAGUUUCAGAAACCUUGGGAACACGUUUUCUGGAUAGUCCAUCUGUAGAUCCUAUACAUACUAUCAGUAUCAUUUCAACUAAUUAUCUACUAACCCUAAUCUUAACCUUUACCUUCAUCCUAACUCUAAACGUAGCCCUAACCCUUAUUCUAAACCUAACCUUAGCAAGCAGUUGCUUAUCAACAGAUAGUUUGUUGAUAGUAUGACCAUCUGUAGAGCAUCUACAGAUGGACUAUCCAAAUAAAGUGUGACCGAAACCUUUCAUUGGCUGUGAUGCCUCUUAUCCUUUGCCCAACCUGUAUGUCUAUGUAUAUUUGGGCUUCAAAUCAGCAGUGAUAGUGCAUCCCUCUCCAGGACAGUGUAUUUAUGUAUGUCCUUGAAAUGUUCAAUCCUUGGGUCCAGUACCCAUACCGGACACCUUAAAACUACUUCAGGAGCAUACCAAGCUCAUCUAACCCCCUCUAAAAACAAAUCCAUGAGGGUCAGUUGGAGGAUCUCUCUUUGAAUACAAAAACUCAUUGCCAUGGUUUGGUUGGAUUUACAGAGUUACAAAAACACAAUUUGAAAGUGGAUCAGCUGGAUAUUAGUGAUUCAGAACCAGAGAUCUUGAGGCACACUGAAGCUUACAUCAGAGAGCCCGUCUCAGCAUAAUCCUCUACAAUUCCAUGAACUGUAAUGAAGAAACGGUUGGCAUACUGGGUUGAUGAUAAAAAUAUACGAAGGUUGCCAUGCUGGCACUGCUGCUUAAUUGCAGAAAAGACACAAUUUGUAUUUUGAUUGGCAAAUCAAGUCCAACAGAUGAGUUGGACUUGAUUCCUGCAUUUUGGGAUGAAUCCCAUCUGUAUAAUCUGACUCACUCAACCUGACCAUAGUGAAGUGUGCCCAUAAUCAUAAUCAUUGGGGCCUAUAGCCGUGAACCAAGGCUUUGGCGUCUAACCAAACUGUUCUGCACUCCUCCCAUUCACUAGAGCCCCCCAAGGAAGAGGUAAAGUUGGCGGCAACAGCAGGGAAGAAGCAGACCAAGAAGAAGGUGGAGGAGGUGGUAGAGGAAGAGGAGGAGGAAUAUGUGGUGGAGAAGGUGCUGGACCGACGGGUGGUAAAGGGACGCGUGGAGUUUCUGCUCAAAUGGAAAGGCUUCUCAGAGUGAGUUAAGACUUAAUGCUUGUAAUGCUACAGUCACAGAAAUUAAAUUAGCAUGAAUUACAUAAAAUCAUGUAGACAUAAGCUAUUUUUAUUAUAAUUUUGCAUCUCUUUAUUGGUACCCAUGGGGUAGUGGAGCUUGGGGUAGCUGGGGGACUUGCGCAAUGCAACAGGAGUUGUCAUAUGCCCUGGGCCCUCCGGAUCUGCAACAGGUUGAGCAUAUUGGUCACCAUUUUCCUCACAGAGCAUGUUGUGCAAGGUCUCCACUGUCUCUGGCUUGAGACAAAUGGUGAUGUGGAACACUUGCCAGCGGUUGGCAAGUAUGCCAAAUGAGAUCUGGCUGUCCUGUUUUCAAGGGCAUGUUGAAGAGAGCAUCCCCCAAAAACACCUACAGUGAGGGAAAAAAGUAUUUGGUCCCCUGCUGAUUUUGUACGUUUGCCCACUGACAAAGAAAUGAUCAGUCAAUCAUUUUAAUGGUAGGUUUAUUUGAACAGUGAGAGACAGAAUAACAACAUCAAAAUCCAGAAAAAACGCAUGUCAAAAAUGUUAUAAAUUGAUUUGCAUUUUAAUGAGGGAAAUAAGUAUUUGAUCCCCUCUCAAUCAGAAAGAUUUCUGGCUCCCAGGUGUCUUCUAUACAGGUAACGAGCUGAGAUUAGGAGCACACUCUUAAAGGGAGUGCCCCUAAUCUCAGCUUGUUACCUGUAUAAAAGACACCUGUCCACAGAAGCAAUUAAUCAAUCAGAUUCCAAACUCUCCACCAUGGCCAAGACCAAAGAGCUCUCCAAAGAUGUCAGGGACAAGAUUGUAGACCUACACAAGGCUGGAAUGGGCUACAAGACCAUCGCCAAGCAGCUUGGUGAGAAGGUGACAACAGUUGGUGCGAUUAUUCGCAAAUGGAAGAAACACAAAAUAACUGUCAAUCUCCCUCGGCAUGGGGUUCCAUGCAAGAUCUCACCUCGUGGAGUUGCAAUGAUCAUGAGAACGGUGAGGAAUCAGCCCAGAACUACACGGGAGGAUCUUGUCAAUGAUCUCAAGGCAGCUGGGACCAUAGUCACCAAGAAAGCAAUUGGUAACACACUACGCCGUGAAGGACUGAAAUCCUGCAGCGCCCGCAAUGUCCCCCUGCUCAAGAAAGCACAUAUAUAUGCCCGUCUGAAGUUUGCCAAUGAACAUCUGAAUGAUUCAGAGGAGAACUGGGUGAAAGUGUUGUGAUCAGAUGAGACCAAAAUGGAGCUCUUUGGCAUCAGCUCAACUCGCCGUGUUUGGAGGAGGAGGAAUGCUGCCUAUGACCCCAAGAACCCCAUCCCUGCCGUCAAACAUGGAGGUGGAAACAUUAUGCUUUGGGGGUGUUUUUCUGCUAAGGGGACAGGACAACUUAUUUAGGAAAUUCAAGCUGUUGUAGCCUUUUUAACCUGUAUUUAUUUGCCACAGUGAGGACAAUACAUGGGAACCGCAGGACAACCUGGAUUGCCCUGACCUGAUUGCUGAGUACAUGCAGAAUCAUCAUAACAAAAAAGAAAGUUACAAGAAAGAGUCUGGUGGCAAGAGGAAAGCUGGCGAGUCUGACACAGAGGCAGCGGGUGAAGAAGGCAGGCCCAAGAAGAAGAAAGAUGAGGUGAGAGCCUGUACUUGGUUUCAAUAUUAAAGAACAUGCCUGAUACUAUAGACCGUGAAUGUAGCCUUGUACUGAACCUUCUCCCCCUUCCAUCACUCUUUCAGGCAGAGAAGCCCAGAGGCUUUGCUCGUGGACUUGACCCCGAACGGAUCAUUGGAGCCACAGACUCCAGUGGAGAGCUGAUGUUCCUCAUGAAAUGGUGAGUUCUGGGCAGCAUUGAGAUUUUGACACUUUUUGCUAUACGGUACUGGGAGAGUGGAAGAUUUGUCAAAUACUAGUUGUCCCCUCCAGAAAAGUGGGACAAAAAAACGUACAUUCUGUCUCCACAGGAAGAACAGUGAUGAGGCGGACUUGGUGCCGGCCAAGGAGGCCAACAUUAAAUGUCCACAGGUGGUCAUCUCCUUCUACGAGGAGCGUCUGACAUGGCACUCCUACCCCACCGAGGAGGAAGAGAAGAAGGAUGAGAAGAACUAGCCACAGGUCCAGGAUGAAGGGGGAGGGGGUUUAGAUUGGAGGGGUGGGACAGAGAAGCUGAUUAGUUUCAAAACCCUUCUUUCUGCAAACCCGGACUGUUGAAACGUAAACAGAGGUUGACAGAUGGGUAGGGAUGAUGGGAAGACUUGUCAAGGAGUUGGGUUGGGGGGCAUGGGUAAAUAGAACUCGCAAGUCUCAAGAUCAUUUUAUCAGGCCUCACUUUUGGGUCUUAUCAGCUAGGAUCAUGGGAAAUGUCGUUUUCAGUCCCUGAGCACUGAAUUGCUUCAAAAUCACCAGCUUCGCCUCAGAAAAGCUUUUGUCAAGAUACACUUUUGAGUUAGCAAGGUAUUACUACAGCAGCUGAGUUUACAAAAUGGAAUGGUCAGAUUCCAAAACAAGAUCCAGCAAAAGUUCUCAGCUAAUUCAAUUGAAAUAGCCAAUCUUAAUUUCCAGUUUUCUUGCGUGAAAUGUUGAAGUUGAUUUCUAGUCAGAGCAUUAUCUUGUACCUACACAAGAUAAUCGAGCAACUUGCGGUGCUUUUUGUUUCUCUUUCUACUUUUUAAGAAACUCUGUUUUAAGUGUUGGCACCUGCCUUCCUUUGCCAUAUCAUUAUCAUAUAAUGUGUAAAUAGUUGUGGUUUUAUUUGGUUAGUUUUAUUUGGUUAUGAGUGCGAUCUAAGAAGAAGGAUUCUAUUUGAGUGUUUUGGAUUAGUUAGUCUGGAUUCUGGUCUUUAAGUGUUACGCAUAGGAGGUAUAUAGAGUUGUGAACAAUGGUAUGGAGCAGGGUGUCCGUUAGGAAAGCGUGGUGCUGGACAUUUGACUGGCAGCAUUUUAAUUUACCGGACAUUUGAGAAAUGUAUCCGACCCAUAUGCAUUGGGUGCGUAACCUGAUUAGGGAGUACAGCCACAGUGCUCAGAAUGACAGAAAUCACAUUUAGAUUAUGGUAAUUCAUCUAAAAAUAACAUGCAAAUCGAGGAUGCAAUGGCGUGCAUCCUUACCAAAUUCCGAUGCGCACUUUGAAGAUGUUAGAAUAACUGUCCACAUUUUACUUUUCCUCAGCCAACAAGAUGAGUAAUGAACAGCAAAA